UGUAUCGAUGAUAUAGUGCAGUCAAAAUACGAUAAAAUGUUCGAAAACGGAGAACAAGGACCAAAGAGUACCUUUACCACCUAUAUGGCUGAAGGUGACCAGCUAUUUAACAAGGGAGAGUAUGUUAAAGCUGUUGAAAGCUUCUCCGCGGCUUUAAGUUUACAGCCUGGUGAUAAGACCUGUCUAGUGGCUAGAUCCAGGUGUUAUGUGAAGCUGGGAGACGCAGAGAGCGCGCUGAAAGAUGCCGAGGCAUCCCUCAAAGAUGGCAAGGAUUUCUUUAAGGGUCUGUAUCAGAAGGCAGAGGCCCUGUACACUAUGGGCAAUUUUGAGUUUGCAUUGGUCUACUAUCACAGAGGCCAUAAGCUACGUCCAGAGCUUCAGGAGUUCAGACUGGGUAUUCAGAAAGCUCGAGAGGCAAUUGACAACUCUGUUGGGAGUCCUUUCACUGUGAGACUGGAGACUAACGGAGACUUGAAUUUCUUCCAAAAGUCUGAUGGGAAGGAACUGAGACAACAUGGUCAGAAGAUGUCCCGAAGUGAAAGAACAGCCAAGCAAUUUCUAGGAGAGCUAUACAGCGACAGAAAAUACUUGGAGAAACUUCUCCAAGAUGAGGAUCUCAUAAAAAGUAAAAUACGAACUGGAGAGCGUGUGCAAGAUCUGAUCAUAGGCUGUAUCUCAUACCUGGACACACGGACAGAGUUCUGGCGGCAACAGAAGCCCAUGUAUGCACGCCAGCAGGACAGAAAACGAAAGCAGCAUCGGGCUCUCCACAACCCCCCCUCUGAUCCCACCUGCUAUGUCCUCACCAGCCUGGAGGAGAUUGACACAGCCUUAAGUGCAGGUAAUGCAGAGAGCAGCCUGAAAAAGGCCCGUGAGCUCAUGAAGACAGUGCAGGGAUGGACUGAGGAGGUUCUCCCUAAUAAAACAGAAGUGCUUGGGAACCUGCACAGCUGCAUUGGUAAUGCACUGAUGGAUCUUGGGAAAAUGGACGAGGCCCUGAAGCAUCAUGAGAAGGACCUGGAGCUGGCCAAGCAAGGGUGUGCUUCCAUUGGGAACAGGAACAAUACCUUAAACCUGACAGACAGCAAAUCCAGAGCUCUGGACAAUAUCGGCCGUGUGUAUGCACGCAUAGGAAAGUUUCAUCAAGCUAUAGAGGUGUGGGAGGAGAAGGUUCCUCUAGCAUGUGGUGGGUUAGAGAAAGCCUGGUUGUUCCAUGAGAUCGGCCGCUGUUACCUGGAGCUGAAGCAUUACGCUGAAGCAAGAGAUUAUGGCUCUCGCUCUCUCACGGCUGCUGACGACAUCAGUGAUGAUAAAUGGCAGCUCAAUGCCAGUGUGCUAGUGGCACAGGCAGAAUUGAAGCUGUGUAAUUACAAGGCCAGUGUUUUACACUUUGAGAGGGCACUGGACCAGGCACAACCGCUGCAGGAUGACUCUGCCAGAGAAGCCAUCCAGAAGGCUCUUCAUGAAGCAAGACAAAAAGUGACUCAGCAAGACGAAACCCUACUGAAUAAUAUGGUUGAAUAAUUUCCCAAGUCAGAACUAAUGCAUCCCUUCUAACCUUCAUGCUCAACCAGUGGAAUAAAGUCUGCAUGUGGA